GGGCUAAACAAUACCAUCAACAACCAGCCACUGCCAACCAUGCCCCUCCAGCUGAUCAAUGUUUUCCUGUUUGUUUAUUUCAGUAAACAAGCGACCGGUAGGCCUGAGCUUCCAUCAUCACAAUGGGAAUUGUUUGACAACCGACAUAUUCGCCAGAUGCUCUACCAGCUUGCGCAGUCUUCCGGUAAGGGGGAUCUGCCAAAAUCUCAAACCCCUGCUGCAAGUGAGGUUGUUGUUGCUGUUGACAACGACAGUGCCAAAGACGGCGAAAGACUGAAGCAGUUUCUACAAGAGCCACACUCGAUGCAAACCAAUGAUGACCCAAUGGUAACCAAUAAAGAUCUCGGUAUACCUGCUGUCCAGUCCGGUCCUUCGGUAAAGGAACAAGAAAACCCUUUAGCUAGUGAUGAAGAAAGAACAGAGUCCUCGGAAACAUUGCUGCAAGCAUUCUUUGGGAUGUCGUCCAUUGAUAAAAUGAUUAUCAGGUUACAAGAAAUUGAGGAAGAGCAAAUGAAAAUCCGUCACACCUGGUCGAAGCAUGUUUACCCAACUACGUCGUUACAAAAGCCCCCAGCAUCAACAAAUGGGGUUCAAGAUGGAGCUGAAGCUCAAAGUAGGAAACAAUCCCAGGGGUGUCAGCAAAGUAUUAUAUCUCCGAAAGCCAUCAUCUUCACCAAAGAAGAAACUAAGUCGGCAGACCAGUCUAAACCAGCGCCUUCACACCUCUGUUCUGCAGCUAACAUGAUGUCAGCAUCAACACAGACCCGUCUCUUUCUACAGAAACACACUUUGGAUGCUGUGAAGAAGAACCGUGCUGCGUACCUGUUGUACCUGAAGAAUUCAGCAUACCAUCAGGUGGAAAACUUUGAUCCCUGGGAACUCACGGAGAAAAUUGCCGACGCCAUUGCAACAGACUGUGUCGCAGUCGUCCUUGGAGAACUACAGCAGCUCAGCGAUGACGUCAUCCAACAGAUAUAUGAAGAUGAAUUUGCCAGUGGACCACGCUCUGAACUUUAAAAACCUGUGUGAUCCCCUUCGCAGUCCCAGUGGCCUGUGCCUGUUUUUUUUGUUUGGCUCUUUGAAGUCACUGUUGUUAUUGUUGAUAUAUUCAAGGUCAGCUCUGACCCUAAAAAAGCCUCUGAUCAAAAAUGUUCCCCCCUUGACCAUCCUGUCUUGUAUUCAUGCAUAGUGCAUCUAGGACUAUAUUAUCCUGUGUCCUUUCCCUGUUCCACCACUCCAGGCCAGUCCUGUCCCAGUUACUGGGAUUAAUUAUCCUGUCUUUCAUACAGACACAGUGUAUCUAGGACUACAUUAUCUAAUGUGCCCUUCCUUGUUGUUGUUUAACCCCAGGUCAGUCCUGAUCCAGCAGACCUAUGAUCAACGAUGUUCCAUUUGUGACCAUCCUGUCUUUGAUAUAGACAUAGUGUAUCUAGGACUACAUUAUCUAAUGUGUCCUUAUUGUUUAGCCCUAAGCCAGUCCUGAUCCAGGAAACAUGAUCAAAGGUGUUACAGCUGUGACCAUCCCGUCUUUUAUUAGGGGUAUUAAGGAUGUUGUUACCUCAAGGAAUUUUGAUAGCCCUCUUGGGUCCACAUCCAAACACUUUGGACCAAGAAUUAAGCCAGUUGCUAUGGUUACUGUAUUCUUCAUGUCAAACGCAAUACAUUGAUUUUUCGGAAUCUUUCAUUCCAAAUUCCUUCUGGAUUACAGAUUUUUCUGAGCUAGGGGAGUGGGUGUGGUCACCUCUAAAUUAAACGAAUGUUAAAUUUACUUAAAUAAUUAUAUAUAGACACAGGAGUGGCUGUGUGGUAAGAAGCUUGCUUCCCAACCACAUGGUUCCGGGUUCAGUCCCACUGCAUCGAUCCUAGGACAAGCGUUUUCAACCAAAGCCUUGUGAGUGAAUUUGGUAGAUGGAAACUGAAAGAAGCCUGUCGUAUAUUAUAUAUAUAUAUAUAUAUAUAUAUAUAUAAAAUUUUAUAUUUACUCAAAUACCCCAAACUAACAGGG